AUGUCAAUUAUCUACAUUAUAAUUCCACUGAUUUUCAUACCUUCAUGUUAUUGUGGAUCAUCAUCAGGAUCAUCUAAUUGUACUGAGCCAACAAGAUCAUCUUUUACACGGUUUAUUUCAGCAGUAGGAACAUUUAUUAACUUGUUAUGUUUCUUAGAUGGAAUAUGGAAUACUCUAGUCGGAUUCAUUUAUGGGGGGACGACUCAAUGA